CCGACAUUUUUCUUUAUUUAAAACAAUUAGAACAAAUUUUACAUCUUUCAUAUUAAAAAUCUCACUUCAUUUGCGAAUUUUGGCAAAAAAAGUUUCUACUUGUAAACAAACUAGUGUGUAACCUUCCUCUAGAACAUGCCACUUUUGAAUCUCUCUUUUCACUUAUUUUAAUUCACAACUCAGAAAUACUUAUUUUAUUAUUUGUUGUGAUGACUUCUCUACUUCCUAAAAGUGCUUUUGAAUUUAGUAAGGCUGAAUACUGGGACGCCUUCUUCAAACAAAGGGGAACUAGAUCAUUUGAAUGGUAUGGGGAAUAUCCAGAACUUUGUGUUUACCUUCAUAAAUAUAUGAAGCCUAAAGAUAAUAUUUUAGUUGUAGGAUGUGGAAAUUCUAAAUUAGGCGAAGACCUUUAUGAUGUUGGAUAUAGACAAAUUACCAAUAUUGAUAUCAGCAAAACCGUUAUAAAACAAAUGAAGUUAGCUAACGUAUCUAAAAGACCAGAGUUAAUUUUUGAAGAAAUGGAUGCAACACAUAUGUCUUUUGAAGCUGAGACAUUUUCUGUAGUUUUUGAUAAAGGAACUUUUGAUGCUUUAAUGCCUGAUGAAGAACCAGACACAUUGAACAAUAUUAAAAAAUAUGUUGAAGAAAUUGACAGGGUAAUGCGGAUUGGAGGCCGGUAUAUAGUUGUUUCAUUGCUACAACAACAUAUAAUGAGUUUUUUAUUACAACAUUUUGAAGAGAAAGCUUGGAUGAUACGUGUAUGCAGAUGCUAUGAUGUAGAAGCUAAGUCAUUUAAGGAGCAGGGUUCCAAAUCACUUCCAGUUUUUAUGGUCAUUUUUACCAAAUUUAAAAAGAUACCCACUUCACAACCUGUGUUUGAGCUUUGUCUUGCUACUGAUGCUCCAGCAACAAGAGUUAGUGGAAUAGAUAAAAUUAAAGAGUCUGUUUUGGAAUCUCAAAUGGUUGCAAUAGUUUGUAGUGGGCUUCAGAGAUCUAAUUCUGGUGGUCGAGAAAUAGAAUUAGAAAUAGGAAAGCCUGAAGAUGAUACACCACGUUAUACUAUUAGAAUUGUUGAAAAACCUUGUCCUAAAGCAUCUGGUAUGACGUAUGCAGCAUUUAUUGUACCCCAAGGAAGAGAAUCUGAAUGGGCAUUUGGUACUCCUGAAGGUCGCCAAUUUUUACUUUCAGAAUCUCAUGUAGACCGACUAGCUGUAAUUAUACUUAACAGAGGUCAUAAAUUUACUAGUUUAGAACAAGUGAAAAGUGAGCUUAAUCCUAUAAUUCAAGACUUUUCUCCCGGUGACUUUAAAGAUAAAAUAUCUUACCUGUCUGUUGGUGGUGAUGUUGGUGUUAGGAAUGAAGUUUAUUUUGGAGACAGUCCCAUUUCUGGAAAGUUUGUUGUUGAAGAAACAGAAUCUGAACCAGGAAUUCUUUUAAGGAGGCUGUAUUUUUUAUCAAGUAAAAAUGCUAUUCAGUCUGAAGCAAAAGUUCGAAAAGUGAAAACUCGGAGGGGUGGAGAGAGAGUUGUCGUUGAUACUACAUCUCUUUCAUGCGCCCAUCAUGGAUACAUGACAAUUGGAACAUGUUCUAUACUUGAUAGUAAUUCACCUGGGCAGUUAUUAGUUGUCGGGCUUGGUGGUGGUGCAUUACCAUCUUUUCUCAGAAAAGUGUUUCCCAAGUCUGUCAUAACUGCAGUAGAACUUGAUCGUGAAAUUUUAAAAGUUGCUGUAAAUUAUUUUGGUUUAGUGGAAGAUAAACAGCUUAUUGUUUAUAUCAAAGAUGGACUUGUAUUUAUUAAAGAAGCUGCCAAUAGAGGUAUGAAAUACGAUAGUGUAAUAUUCGAUGUUGACAAUAAAGAUGUUAUUACUGGGCUUAGUUCACCACCUCCUGAAUUUGUGGUUGUUGAAGUUUUACAAGAAGUGAAAAAUAUUCUUUCUCCUGGAGGAAUUUUUAUUUUAAAUCUUGUUUGUCGAAACAAGGAUAAACGGGACGAAUUAUCUAAGAGAUUGAAGAGUAUCUUCAGUACAGUAAAGGCACUAAAGCUAGAUGAUGACCUGAAUGAAAUAUUUUUUUGUUGGAACCAGAAUAAUGUUAAUUCUGCUGAGGCAUUGUAUAAAGCACAUUUAAAAUUGAAUGAUAUCAUUAAGCAUAGGAGGCUUGAUAAACUACCCUGUGUGGAUGCUGCUCAUUUAAAUGACCUUCUUCAAGAAGAUGAUUAAUUAAUAAGUAAUAGUAUUGAUUUAUGAACUAUUAUUUUAAGGAAAGAUGGCUGUGACUAAUAUAAUAAUAAUAAUCAUGACUAUUUUAUAGUGUUAGAUCUUCUUAUUGUUCCCUACAAGAUUUAUGGUUUGAUUUUUAUUUGAAUUAUUUUAAAUUCAAAUAUUGUAAUAUCUAGUUUAUAUUAAUUUUUGUUUGAAAAUGUUUUAGUAUUUUUUUUUUUUUAAUUUCUUUGUUAUAUUAAACUGUCAAUUUUAGUAGAUAAGGCUUCAGUUUGAACCUUUACUAUUUUGACCAACAUAAUAAAAUUAAUAGUUUCAAUAAGAUUAGAAUAAAUACAUUAUUACCCAUG